AUAAACUAAAAAAACGAAAUGAUGGCUUGUGGGAGUGUAAACCUUCCUCCUGGCUUUUGCUUCUCUCCAACUGAUGAAGAACUUGUCCUUCACUUUCUUUAUCCCAAAACCUCUCUGCCAUGCCAUCCCAACAUCAUUCCAGACCUUGACCUCUCUCUGCAUGAUCCAUGGCACUUAAAUGGUAAAGCGUUGUCAAGUGGAAAUCAACACUAUUUCUUCAGCAGAGCGAAGGAAAACAGAUCCACAGAAAAUGGGUAUUGGAAGGAAAUAGGAUUGACAGAAGCAAUAGUAUCAUCUGCAUCUGAAAAAGUGGGGUUGAAGAAGUACCUUGUGUUCAACCUUGGUGAAGCUCCACAAGGCACUGAAACCAGUUGGUUCAUGCAAGAGUAUCAUAUUUGCUCAUCCAGUUUUACCACUGCAUCUUGUGGAACUACUCGAGGAAGAAGAAAAUCUGAUCAGUGUAGGAGUAAAUGGGUUUUGUGCAAAGCCUAUGAGAAGAAAAGUUGUGAAGGGCGACAAGGUGUAAAUUGUGACAAGGAUGAGAAUGACAGUGGAACUGAGCUUUCAUGGCUAGAUGAAUUUUAUAUGUCAUUAGAUGAUGACCUUGAAGAAGUUAUGAGCCUUCCAAAUUAGAUUAAAUUUUGAAUAACGUAUGUUAGGAUAUUAAUCUAUCUGCAUGCCAGAAUUUUAAUUAUAUACAAUGACUUGUAUUUUUAAUGGCAGAUUACGGAUUCUGUAGUUAAUUAAUUAGGUAAUGGCUUUUUUGUUCCCACUUUUCAGACGUCCUUAUGCAUCAAAGAGAAUAUACUUUGCUUGUCA